AUGACAGUGAAUGAGGACCUGGCCAUGGGUAGCGAUAUGUUCAAGUAUGACGAUAUCGGAUACGCCCAUUACGUCAAGAACGUCUUCCUCGGAUUGCUGAGAUUAGGUGACGGCGAUAAGACGAGUCGGAAACGGGGCUGGCUGGAUUGCCUGGCGGGGCUGUCAAAGUCGGAAGAGCUGACGGGGUUGUUUUCGGCCAUGGCAGGACAGAAGGAGGGCAAGUGA